AAGGCUAGAGGUUCAAGAAUCCAAGAUCGGUCCGCGUUCAUUUCUGCCAAUUGUUUCGCCCGCACAUUGACAGUUCCGUUACGUGAGUGCAGCAUUGCACAGAGUUAAAGAUACAAAGCCAAAAGAUACAAAGAUACAAAGCCAAAAGACACAGAUACACGGCAACAACAUUUCUCGGUUUGUUUUGCGCAACUUUGUUUUUUUUUGUUGGUGCAAGCGUGAAAAAAACGACUGAUCGCCAGCCAUCAAUCAGGCCAUCAAUCAGUCAAUGCCGCUUGUCGCAAAUUGGAGCUGGCGUUGGAAUUGGAAUUGGAGUUCGAGAUCGAGUUGGAGUUGGAGCUGGAGCUGGAGCUGGAGUCGUUGGAGUCAUCGUUGUAGUCACCGCUCUCCCUUCGCGGAGAAAGCCAAAGUCGCAACCUGAAAACUGGACUCGACAUCCAAUACUCGAUACCCCGAGUUCCCAGUGGAGUUUGGCAUUUGCCGUUUGGCGACAGUGUCUGUUUCAGUGUCUGUGCCUGCCUUUUGGCUAAGUCAGUCAGUGAGUCAGACACUCGAACUUGCAGUCAUAGUUAUAGUCACGAUUCCACAUCCACAUCCACAACCACAACCACAUCGUCUUCGCUUUGGCUUUGCUUUUUUAUUUGCUGGCUGCUGCUGCUGCUGCUGCUGUGGCCUGGCAGGUUCACAAAUAAGUGAAAGUGAAUUUGUUUAUUGUAUAUUUUGCUAUUACCAAAGCGAAAGAGACGCAUAACACAGCAUUGAGACAACUUCAACAACUGGAGACACACUGUGCAAUUCCAUUUACAGGGGCAGAGAUCCGUAGAUUUGGCAUUCGAUCAAUGAAGAUCGUUGUAGAACGAACAGUCACUACACAACACGAGUUGCAAUCGAAAUCAGUAUGUUAAAUGCUAGCUACAUACUUCUGGUGGUGCUGAUAUGCCACACCGCGAAUGCUACCGCCCAGGAAGUGUCGGCCAUGUCGAUUUCGCCGGCCAAUUUCGCGGAACUUUCGCAAGCGGUUGAAGAUUCGCUGGCGGAAUUUGAGGAGCGCCAGAAGGAGCGACUGCGUCAAGGCCACCGAUCGCGAAGGGCCGUGAAAAGGGUUUGCUACGGCGAACUCGGCUGCUUCGAGGACUCCGGCCCGUUUGCCUAUCUGGAGAUGCUGCCCUCGCCGCCGGAGGAGAUCAACACCAAAUUCUACUUCUACUCCACCCGCCAGCGAUCCGAUCGUCCGCUGAUGGAGCUGUCCUUCCUAAACAUGACCAGUGCCUUUCGUGGCAAACGGGAAGCGGAGGUCUCCAGUGGUUUGGCUUCACCCGAGGACAGUGGUCGAUCCUCCAACUCCACCUCCACCUCCAGUUCCAGCUCCAGCUCCAGCUCCCUGCCCACCCAGAACCAGAACGUCACCUUCACCACAGAGCGUCCGAAGAAAGCCACCGCCCAGCCCUCCAUCGAUGACCUCGAGGGAUUCGAUGAGCUGUCGGUGCGAGUCAUUGUCCAUGGCUUUGGCUCGGCCUGUCCGCAUGUGUGGAUCUACGAGAUGAAGACGGCCCUCAUGGCGGUGGAGGACUGCAUUGUGAUCUGCGUGGACUGGGAGAACGGGGCCACCUUUCCGAACUACGUGAGGGCGGCGGCCAAUACGCGUCUGGUGGGCAAACAGCUGGCCAUGUUGCUCCGGAAUCUGCAGCAGCACAAGGGCCUCGACCUAAUGCGCACCCAUGUGAUCGGCUUCAGCUUGGGGGCUCAUGUCUCCGGCUUUGCCGGCGCCGAGCUGCCCGGACUGUCGCGGAUCACCGGACUGGAUCCGGCGGGCCCGCUCUUCGAGGCCCAGCAUCCCAAGGUGCGACUGGACAGCAGCGACGCGGAGUUCGUGGACGUGAUCCACUCGAACGGGGAGAACCUGAUCCUGGGCGGCCUGGGCUCCUGGCAGCCCAUGGGCCACGUGGACUACUAUCCGAACGGAGGACGCGUCCAGACGGGCUGCUCCAAUCUCUUCGUCGGCGCUGUCACCGAUUUCAUAUGGUCUGCCCAGGCUGCCGAGGACGAGGAGGGACGUUCGUUGUGCAACCAUCGACGGGCCUACAAGUUCUUCAUCGAUUCGGUGGCACCGCGCUGCCUGUUUCCGGCCUUUCCCUGCGGCAGCUACGACGACUUCCUCAAGGGCCGCUGCUUUCCGUGUGCCCAGGACGACGAGGACCUGGCCGAGGGUGUGCCCCGUUGCGGCAACAUGGGCUACUAUGCCGAUCGGUCCACGGGCAGGGGCCAGCUGUACCUGCUGACCCGCGAGGAGGAGCCCUUCUGCGCCCACCAGUUCCAGCUGCAGAUCUUCAACUCCUUCAACGACCUGCCACUGCGCACCAUUGGGCGGCUGGAGGCGAUCCUCGAGGGAGAUGGCGGCCUCAAUGAGACCUUCGAGAUAUCCGAAAAGGACGAUGCGGAGUUCUUCGCCGGCGACAUAGUGUCCAAGAUCAUUGUGCCGCAUCCCGCCCUGGGAUUCCCCACCACCCUGAGCCUGCACUACAAGUCGUACAGCGGGUGGCUGAGCAAGGGCCUGCCCCACUGGGACAUCGACAAGGUGGUGCUGACGGACAGCUUCGGCCGGAGCCAUUCGCUGUGCCGCCCCACCACCAAGCUGAGCAGCGGCAGUCCGGUCCGCCUGCGCCUCCAGGCGGGCAACUGUGAGCUGGACAACCAGGAGGACUACGGGACAACGUACACCACGGCGCCACCUGCGGGCGGCAGUCCCACACUAUCGCCACUGGGCACCGAGAUGCCCACCGAUUCCAGUGCCCAGGAGUCAGGCGUCGAUGGCGUGGAGAGCGUGAAGCAGCGCAAGGACAUCUUCAAUUUGGGCACCAGCUUCAAGUUGGCCCGCAAUCAGACAUAUCCGCUGGAUCAGGGUGACGAACUGCCCUGGCAGCCCAUUCUGGUGGGCAACUCGCUGGACAAUGAGACGGCUGGUGCCGCGGAGUCCAGUCGAAGCCUCUCGGAUGCAGCGGAUUCCGUGGAUUCUCCAGAUUCAGCGGUAGCCGCUGGCGAAAUCUUCGAGCCGGUGCUCAAGGAUCGCAGGCUGGCCGUGAAUAGGGGGCGAAAUUUGCAGGACUAUGGCACCACCGACAGUCCGGAGAUUGUGGAGCCCGUGCUGAAGGCCACCACGCCGCGUGUUAAGCAGGGCAAGGAUCUGGAUUUAUCGGACAGCGAAGUGGUGGCCGCCAUGCCGGCAAAGGCAAUGACGCAGAUGGGCACCGGACGAUCCCCAGAUCCGGAUGAGCCGCAAACGGUGCAACUGCUGCCGUUCCGGCUGGGCGAACUCCUACAGCGGGCCGAGCGGUAUGCCCGGGAAACCCUUUUGCCACUGAUAUCCGUGCAGGCGCCGCGCUUCUUUGGCUUCAAUGUGACGCCCCACGAUCGGGGCGUGGCCAUUCCGGGGGAAUCGCGCAAGCCCCGCUACAUACCGCGCUACGAGGAGUCGGCCUUUCUGAAUGCCAACUCCAGUUCCUCCAGUCGAAGAUCGCAGAAGGCCGCCCGCCGGUCGGCAGUGCAGCAGAGAAACCGCAACCUCUUCCGACUGAUGCGAUCUCGUGGUCAGUCGGUGGAUAAGGAGGGACAGCCGGAGCAGGAGGAGUACCAGCCACGGGGGCAGGAAGGACAGCAGCAGGAGCAGCAGCAGAACGAGGUGAACUACUACACCAAUGUGCUGCAGUCAGAGUCGCGAUCGAUGCGACCCGAAACGCCAGAGUACAGGCCCGUGUUCAUCGAUCUACCCACCUACAAGCCGCUGACUGCUUCAGCUGCAGUUGCCGCUUCCGUUUCCGCUUCCGCUUCCACUUUCGUAUCCGCCUCCGUUUCGAGAGCCCGAAGGCGCGGCAGAUCCCCCAAGCUGCUUCCCUGAUAUUCCCCGAUAUUCAGACAAACAGAUAUAUAUACACAUAUCUCAGCUGUCCCGCCAUCGGGGAUAAACACUUUGUGAUAUGCACACCAGAUCGUGGCUAUGGCACAGCUCCAAAAAUCCAAAUCCCAAACCCCAAACCCCCAUUUACAUUCACACUCACAUUACACCACCCAUCCUCACACUGUAAAUAUCCGAAUCGAGCAAGCAAAGAUAUAAACUGAAAUGAAAUUUUUAUAUCGUGGACCGUUGCGUAGCAUAAGAUAUUGAAUGUAAGAUUCUGAAUGUGAGAAAUUUAGUUGUUAACAUAAAACCUACAGUCGAUGAUCUCGACUUUAAGAUAACAGUA